AGAGGAUAGAGUGUGAUGAGAGAAAGUGAGUGACACACUACACGCCACGGCCACGGCGUCCAGGAGCUCGGACAUGGGAUUUUAAGUGGCUCGUGAGAGGGCAGUUGUCACCACAGACACUUUUUUUUUGUCUGGUGCUCCAGAGGAAAGGACGCGUCACAGUAAAAUGUAUCCGGACUUUAAAAGCGCACCGUUGGAAGUUUCCCCCGUGUGCGUACUCGGCAGCUCAGAAGACACCCCGGAGGAAGCAAUACUAUCCACAGAAACCCUUAGAGGUGCUGCUUUUCUCGCCGCCGAGGUGAAACUUUACUAGCGAAGGAAGCGCUGAAAGUUUGCAGCUCGUUAAAAACGCGGCAGGUGAGCGGGAGAGCAUGAGGUCUGUCCCUCAACACGAGCACAGGCUGCGCUUCACAGUAAAGGGACGCGACGUGAAAUGGUCCCGACUUGUCACAGGAGCUGGAAGGACAUAACUUGAUACUAUUUUUUUUUAAAAUUAUUUUUAUUUUUUAAAAAGAGAGGGUCAUAGUCCAACCAUGAGAGCGCUGAGUAUACUGUGCGUCCUGCUCUGGCUGUAUGAGUCCAGCUUGGCCAACAGAAACUGUCCUGACCUGAUCGUUGACAGCUGUCACUGCUCGGCAGAGAGAUCCAAGGAGCUGAGCAGGCAGCACACAGUCCGAGUCAAAGUAGUGUGUGAGGAUGUGGACCUGAUGGAUACACUGCAGCCCAGCUUUGUGCCAAACACAACUGUUUCCCUGAACCUGAGCAACAACAAGAUCUCCCUACUGAGGAACGGCUCCUUCUAUGGCUUGGUUGCCCUGGAAAAGCUGGAUCUGAGGAAUAAUUUGAUAAGCACAGUGGAGCCUGGGGCCUUCCGUGGUCUGCUGACUCUGAGGAGACUGGACCUGUCCAACAACAGGAUUGGCUGUCUCUCCCCUGAAAUGUUCCUUGAUCUGAGCAACCUCUCAAAGUUGAAUUUAUCUGGGAACAUCUUCUCCACCCUGACUGUGGGACUUUUCACACACCUCGUGGCUCUAAGAGUGCUGCACUUCCACACUGAGACUUUAUUCUGUGACUGUCAGCUGAAGUGGCUGCUCCUCUGGGCCCGAAGCAACGCGGUGAGGAUUGGGAACGAGACGGUGUGUGUGUUCCCCACCCACCUCCACGGCCUGGAGUUUCGUAACCUACGUGAACAGCAACUCAGAUGUGAUGGACCCCUGGAGAUGCCCCUCUUCCAGCUCAUCCCCUCUCAGAGGCAGCUGGUUUUCCGCGGUGACCGGCUCCCCCUGCAGUGCACCGCCUCCUACCUGGACCCGUCGCUGGAGUUGCGGUGGCGUCACAACGGCCAUGUUGUGACCACACAGGAAGACCAGGGUGUCUUUGUGGAGGAAACUCUGCUGCAUGACUGCUGCCUGCUAACCAGCGAGGUCAUCCUCUCCAACAUUGAUGUGGCCAUUGCUGGCAUCUGGGAGUGCCUGGUGACCAGUUUCCGUGGCAACACCUCUCAGCAAAUGGAGAUAGUUGUUCUGGAGACGUCAGCACCAUACUGCCCAACUGACAGAGUCACCAAUAACAAGGGUGACUUCAGGUGA